CCGGCGGGCAGCCAGGGAGGGGGGCUGGCUGGCAGGCAGGGCGGGAGGGGGAGCGGUGAGCAGUGAACCUGCAGAGAGACAGUCACGAGAAGGAGGCAGGCGUCUGCGAAGAGCAGAAGAAAACGCAGCCCGGCCCUAGCGCCAUCGUCGGGAGCUGUCCCCGAUGCCAGCCGCCGAGGACCCAGGCGUGAGCGCCAGGACCCAGUGACCCGCAGCGGGCGGGCUUUUCCAUUUGUUCCUGAGGUCCCUCCUGCAACCAAAACCCACUGCGAAGGUCCUCCAAGAUGGCAGGAGCAUCCGUAAAGGUGGCCGUGCGAGUACGCCCCUUUAACUCCCGAGAAAUGAGCCGGGACUCCAAAUGUAUCAUCCAGAUGACAGGAAGUACCACAACUAUUGUCAAUCCAAAACAGCCCAAGGAGACACCCAAAAGCUUCAGCUUUGACUAUUCCUACUGGUCACAUACCACACCUGAAGAUAUCAACUAUGCAUCACAGAAGCAGGUAUACCAAGACAUCGGAGAAGAGAUGCUACAACAUGCCUUUGAAGGCUAUAAUGUCUGCAUCUUUGCCUAUGGUCAAACUGGCGCUGGGAAAUCCUAUACUAUGAUGGGGAAGCAGGAGAAAGAUCAGCAGGGCAUUAUCCCACAGCUCUGUGAGGAUCUCUUUUCCCGCAUCAACGACACAACGAAUGACAACAUGUCCUACUCAGUAGAGGUCAGCUACAUGGAGAUUUACUGCGAGAGAGUCCGGGAUCUCCUGAACCCCAAAAACAAGGGCAACCUUCGAGUGAGGGAGCACCCCCUCAUGGGCCCGUACGUGGAGGACCUCUCCAAGCUGGCCGUCACCUCCUACAAUGACAUCCAAGAUCUCAUGGACUCGGGAAACAAAGCCAGGACGGUGGCGGCCACCAACAUGAACGAGACUAGCAGCCGCUCCCACGCGGUCUUUAACAUCAUCUUCACCCAGAAACGCCACGAUGCCGAGACCGACAUCACCACAGAAAAGGUGAGCAAGAUUAGCCUCGUCGACCUGGCAGGGAGUGAGCGGGCUGAUUCCACAGGAGCCAAGGGCACACGCCUCAAGGAAGGAGCAAACAUCAACAAGUCCUUGACCACACUGGGAAAAGUCAUCUCUGCUCUAGCUGAAAUGGAUUCUGGACCAAACAAGAAUAAGAAGAAGAAGAAGACCGAUUUCAUCCCAUACCGAGACUCAGUGCUGACCUGGCUCCUCCGGGAAAAUCUGGGGGGUAAUUCCAGAACUGCAAUGGUGGCAGCCCUGAGCCCUGCAGACAUCAACUAUGAUGAGACCCUCAGCACCUUGAGAUAUGCUGACCGAGCCAAACAGAUCCGGUGCAACGCUGUCAUCAAUGAGGACCCCAACAACAAACUCAUCCGAGAGCUGAAGGAUGAGGUGGCUCGACUGAGAGACCUCCUGUAUGCCCAGGGGCUUGGGGACAUCAUCGACACCAACACUGUGCCCGGAGGACCUAAAUACAUGUCCGACUUUGAGAACAAUAAUGGUAACCCUGGCGUGGCAGAAUUGAGUCAACGCCCUGACAAUCUCUCCACAGUGACCAACGCCUUAGUGGGCAUGAGCCCCUCAUCCUCCCUGUCGGCCUUAUCCAGCCGGGCUGCCUCAGUGUCCAGCCUCCACGAACGGAUGCUGUUUGCUCCAGGAAGUGAAGAAGCCAUUGAGAGACUGAAGGAGACAGAAAAGAUCAUUGCUGAACUGAAUGAGACCUGGGAAGAGAAGCUGCGCCGCACAGAAGCCAUCCGCAUGGAGAGGGAGGCUUUGCUGGCUGAAAUGGGUGUGGCCAUGAGGGAAGAUGGCGGCACCUUGGGUGUGUUCUCUCCCAAAAAGACACCUCAUCUCGUCAACCUGAAUGAAGACCCUCUGAUGUCUGAGUGCCUUUUGUACUACAUUAAAGAUGGGAUAACCAGAGUUGGCCGGGAGGAUGGAGAAAGGAGACAAGACAUCGUCUUGAGUGGGCACUUCAUAAAGGAAGAACAUUGCAUUUUCCGGAGUGACACUAGAGCUGGUAAUGAAGCAGUGGUGACCCUGGAACCAUGUGAGGGAGCAGACACCUAUGUCAAUGGCAAAAAAGUGACAGAACCCAGCAUCCUAAGAUCUGGAAACCGCAUUAUCAUGGGGAAGAGUCAUGUUUUCCGAUUCAACCACCCUGAGCAGGCUCGGCAAGAGCGUGAACGGACCCCAUGUGCAGAGACACCUGCAGAGCCCGUGGACUGGGCCUUUGCCCAGCGUGAGCUACUUGAGAAACAAGGCAUUGACAUGAAACAGGAGAUGGAACAGAGACUCCAGGAACUUGAGGACCAAUACCGGAAGGAGAGAGAAGAAGCCAACUACCUCCUAGAGCAGCAGAGACUGGACUAUGAGAGUAAGCUCGAGGCUUUGCAAAAGCAGAUGGAUUCUAGAUAUUACCCAGAGGUCAAUGAAGAGGAGGAAGAGCCUGAAGAUGAAGUCCAGUGGACAGAGAGGGAAUUUGAGCUGGCACUUUGGGCCUUCAGAAAGUGGAAGUGGUACCAGUUCACAUCACUAAGAGACCUCUUGUGGGGCAAUGCCAUCUUCCUCAAGGAAGCCAACGCCAUUAGCGUGGAACUAAAGAAAAAGGUCCAAUUCCAAUUUGUUCUCCUUACGGACACUCUCUACUCUCCCCUACCUCCGGAUUUGCUUCCCCCGGAUGCUGCCAAAGAAAGAGAAAAACGGCCUUUCCCACGGACCAUCGUGGCUGUUGAGGUCCAGGACCAGAAGAAUGGUGCUACACAUUACUGGACACUAGAGAAACUGAGGCAAAGACUCGAUCUGAUGCGUGAGAUGUAUGACCGGGCGGCCGAGGUGCCUUCCAGCGUCAUCGAGGACUGUGACAACGUGGUGACUGGUGGGGACCCUUUCUACGACCGCUUCCCUUGGUUCCGCCUAGUUGGCAGCUCAGAUGUCUCUGGCUGCAACAGCUCUCCUCUUUUCAACACAUGCAUGAGCGAGCGCAUGGCUGAUCUCACCCCCUCCCCCACCUUCUCGAACCCCGACUCCGACAUCACCGAGCCUGCUGACGAGCAGCAUGUGGGGAAGGAGGAGGAGGAGGAGGAGGAGGAGGAGGAGGAGGAGGAGGAGGAGGAGGAGGAGGAGGAGGAGGAGGAGGAGGAGGAGGAGGAGGACUUCGAGGAAGACAUCUUUCCAGAGUGCUCGCUGUGUGAUGGUGGCCGGGAUCCAUUUUACGACCGCUCCCCCCUGUUCAGUUUAGUAGGAAGGGCCUUCGUGUACCUCAGCAAUCUGCUCUACCCUGUGCCCCUGGUCCACCGCGUGGCCAUCGUCAGUGAGAAGGGUGAAGUGAAGGGCUUCCUUCGCGUGGCUGUCCAGGCCAUCUCAGCGGACGAAGAAGCCCCAGAUUAUGGCUCUGGGGUCCGGCAGUCAGGAACAGCCAAGAUCUCCUUCGAUGAUCAGCAUUUCGAAAAGUUCCAGUCUGAGUCGUGUCCAGUGGUGGGGAUGUCCCGUUCUGGAACAUCCCAGGAAGAGCUGCGCAUCGUCGAAGGGCAGGGCCAGGUCGCCGAAAUAGGACCCUCCGCUGAUGAAGUGAACAACAACACCUGUGCAGUAACGCCUGAAGACCUCCUACUGGACAGCCCUGAGAAAAGUGUCAUGGAUGGCCCAUUGGAAUCUGCCCUGGACCAUUUGAAGCUGGGCAGCAUCUUCACUUUCCGGGUGACAGUGCUCCAGGCAUCCAGCAUCUCUGCCGAGUAUGCCGACAUCUUCUGCCAGUUCAACUUCAUCCACCGUCAUGACGAGGCCUUUUCCACAGAGCCGCUAAAGAAUACAGGACGAGGGCCGCCGCUUGGGUUCUACCAUGUCCAGAAUAUUGCAGUUGAAGUGACCAAGUCCUUUGUUGAGUAUAUCAAGAGUCAGCCGAUUGUGUUUGAAGUCUUUGGUCAUUAUCAGCAGCAUCCUUUCCCCCCUCUGUGCAAGGAUGUUCUCAGCCCUCUAAGACCAUCAAGACGCCAUUUCCCUCGGGUCAUGCCACUUUCUAAACCAGUGCCUGCUACCAAGCUAAGCACCCUCACUCGUCCCACCGCUGGACCCUGCCACUGCAAAUAUGACCUGCUGGUCUACUUUGAGAUCUGUGAGCUGGAAGCCAAUGGCGACUACAUUCCAGCUGUUGUUGAUCACAGGGGAGGGAUGCCAUGCCUUGGAACCUUCUUACUUCAUCAGGGCAUCCAGAGAAGGAUCACGGUGACUCUGGUGCAUGAAACAGGCAGCCACAUCCGAUGGAAAGAAGUGAGAGAGUUAGUUGUGGGUCGGAUCCGGAACACUCCGGAAACAGAUGAGUCCCUCAUCGAUCCCAACAUCCUCUCGCUCAACAUCCUCUCAUCCGGCUAUGUCCAGCCUUCCCAGGAUGAUCGGACCUUCUACCAGUUUGAAGCUGCUUGGGACAGCUCAAUGCACAACUCCCUGCUGCUGAAUCGAGUCACUCCUUACCGUGAGAAGAUCUACAUGACCCUCUCUGCUUAUAUCGAGAUGGAGAAUUGCACCCAGCCAGCCGUGAUCACCAAAGACUUCUGCAUGGUGUUCUACUCCCGGGACGCUAAACUCCCAGCAUCUCGUUCUAUCCGCAACCUCUUUGGUAGUGGGAGCCUGCGAGCCUCUGAGAGCAACCGUGUGACUGGAGUAUAUGAACUGAGCCUGUGCCGUGUGGCUGAUGCCGGAAGUCCAGGAAUGCAGAGAAGACGCCGGCGUGUCUUGGACACAUCUGUCGCCUAUGUCCGGGGGGAGGAGAACCUAGCCGGCUGGAGGCCCCGCAGUGACAGCCUUAUCCUGGACCACCAAUGGGAGCUUGAGAAGCUAAGUCUACUUCAAGAGGUUGAGAAGACAAGACAUUAUCUCCUCCUGCGUGAAAAGCUGGAGACGACUCAGCGAUCAGGCCUGGAGACCUUGUCCCCCUGCUCCAGUGAGGAUUCUGAGUCCCACAGCACCUCCUGUGUCUCCUCCCCACUCUCAGAUGGUACCUCUGAGAGUCGCACUACAACCCUCGACAUUCCCAGUGAGCGGCAGAAGGAGUUGGCAGCCAAGUGCCUCCGCCUCCUCACGCACACAUUCAACAGAGAGUACACCCACAGCCAUGUCUGUGUCAGCGCCAGUGAAAGCAAGUUGUCAGAGAUGUCGGUGACUCUGCUGCGGGACCCUUCCAUGUCCCCUCUCAGCGCAGCUACUCUGACUCCAUCAUCCACCUGCCCAUCGCUGGUGGAAGGACGAUAUACCGCGACGGACCUGAGGAAUCCCCCACCCUGCUCCCGACCGGCCAGCCCCGAACUAGAACCAGUGCUGGAGGGAGACCAGAAGAAAUCUCCCUCUCCUGCCAGUGGGACAGAAGCAGAGAAGGAGCCCCAGCGCUUAUUGGUCCCAGACAUACAAGAGAUCCGGGUCAGCCCCAUUGUCUCCAAAAAGGGCUACCUCCACUUUCUGGAACCCAAGACGACAGGCUGGGCCAAGCGCUUCGUGGUGGUGAGGCGCCCCUAUGCCUACAUGUACAACAAUGACAAGGAUUCUGUGGAGAGGUUCAUUCUCAACCUCUCCACUGCCCAGGUGGAAUACAGUGAGGACCAGCAGGCCAUGCUGAAGACUCCCAAUACAUUUGCUGUUUGCACCGAGCAUCGGGGCAUCCUUCUGCAGGCAAACAGUGACAAGGACAUGCAUGACUGGCUGUAUGCAUUUAACCCUCUCUUGGCUGGAACCAUAAGAUCCAAACUCUCACGGAGGAGAACAGCCCAGAUGAGAAUCUAACCCCAAACCAUCAUCCACUCAAUCGUCUCUUUGCCAACUGGAUCGGGUCCAGUAGGAGGGUACUUCCCAACCUUCCUCCCUCCCCACCCCAUGCCCCUAACCUCGGAUAUGUCAUGUCAUCGAUGGGCCUGUCCACCUGCUCUUCUGCCAGCCCACCAACAGUUUUCACCUUCAUCCAGGAAAACCCUUUCUCAUGGUGUGGUAGCCGCUAAACUGCCAUGGCCUGGCCUGACCAUUGUCUUGUGCGACCUUCCACUCAUUCUUCUGUCAGGUGGCCCCACCAUCCCCAUGACCUAUAUUACCCUUUAUCUGAAGCUAUCUUCGUUUUACUUCUAGAUUGAGCAAGCUCUUGGGAGAAAGAGUUGGAGCCUGUUCAAAAAAUCAGAGGUCACAAGUUGGGAUCUUUGGCUACCAAUCAGAGUUUCUUUUAAAGCAAGGAUGGAUUCAUUAUUAAAAUACCAUGAAUUGGCAAGGUUGUAAGAUCUGACUGCUUCCAUACCCAUAAGCCUUGGUUAUAUUUCUAAAGGAUUCAUUUCCAUUGCCUUGCCCUGGGGUCAUUGAUUUGGGUUGAUUCCAAUUUUCAUUUCUUGGUCCUCUGUGCUGCAGAAAGCACUGGACAAGAGUCCUCACUGAGGCAGGUCUGGGAAAGGAGAGGGAGUUCUGGGAAAGGAACAGCCAUAAGAGAGCAUCAUUUUCAGUCCCUUUCAAAAAUCCUGUGACCGGGGCAUUCUGUCUACCCACCCGGCACCAGGAGGCCCCUCUUGCAGGACCCAGACUUCAAAUGCCCCUGUACCUGAGUCCCUGCUCAAAGAGAAAGCACUUUUUCAAAUGGUUUUGCCUUUUCCCCUUUGUGUGUGGGUUUAUGUGUGCGCACUGCAUGACUGGUUUGGGGGCCACUGAGAGAAAAAGCAAGCUUGUUUUCUUAGGACUCACUGAAGCCCAACUGGUAUAGUGGAUGAAGAGAUAAUUGUUUCUUACCUGGGAAAUAUGAAUCCAUAUUUUUCAACCCUAUUUCUGCUCCUGUGCAGUAUGACUAGAUAGGCAAAGUGUGCCUUGCACACAGUAGGUGCUCAAUAAAUGUUUAUCAAAUUGACAUUUUCUAGGUCUGAAACUGAAAUGCCAGAGAAAUGGGGAUGAACAAGGAUAUGGAAAGAGAGUCCCAGAGUGGGGCAACCAGUUCAGCAAAGUAGCAUCUAGGAGGCAGUAGUAUAUAGAAGGGAACCAGGUGCCCUCUCUAGGCUUCCCUACCUUUUAUGUUCCAAUAAGAAACCAUACCCGUGCAGCCAGACUGGCUUAUGCUCAACUAUGCCCUAUUUUAUCAGGAAGAGUCAACCCUUGACCAUCCUCUCCACCCCAACCCCAGCUCGUGAAAUUUUUGGACCUUAGAGACCCUUGCUGGAAACAACUAUAUGGUCAAGUGGGAAAAAAUGGUGGAGAAGGAUCCAGCAAUACACUGAUCCUGGGGACCACAGUGAGUCCAACACCCAUCCUUUCUUUACGUCUGUUUUGAGUUGACCAACAGGAUCCUGAUCUGAGCCCCUGGGUCAUUCGGACAGUUUAGAACUAGGAAGCAUACCGUGGCAUUGAUACUACAUAUCUGGGUAGAGGGUCAAGGGCCCUUCCAGAAUAAUGGGCUGUCCUUUCAAACUAAAUCAGCAAGCCCCUCUAUAUUCUUUUGAUGUUCAGCCCAUGAAUUCAGCAUUGUCUUGAAGCACAGGGUUCUAUCUUGCUACCUAUUUUGGACAGGGUUUUAUUCUUCUCCCAUCUGACCAAUGGCGAGAAGGCUGUGUGAGUCUGAAGAGAGAAUGAUCGGUUGGUGAUCAAGGGUGGGGUUUUAGAUGGUCAUGUUUGUCAGAAAUUGAUUUUUAUUUUUAUACGUAAAACAAGUUUCCUUUUGUCCUCUGCCCCUGAUAAGAUGAAUUUUAAUUCUUUCCUUCAUGUGAAUCUCCUACUGGUUUAUCUGACCCGAAGAGUCUGGCUAACCAAAGAAGCCUGGAAUUCCAUGGCUAGCCAAACUCUGUCAACAGGACAAGAAGUUCCCUUGUAACCAGUACAGUUAUCAGUGACGCCCUGGAAGAUCAGGGUCUGGUCUACUGAUGGUCUUAUUUCAAACUUCUCAGACAAAUUAAGUUGAAUCUUUUUAGACCAGUUACAGUUUGGAGCUUUUCUUGGUAUCUUCCCCAGUCUUGAGAGUUUUAGCUAGACCCUCCAUUCAAUCCCUUUUCAAAACAGCAACUGCCCAGAGAGAUAUCUGGGUGGCCUUUAGCUGAGUCCCCACAAGAUUAGACUGACUUCACUGGUCCAGAUCACAGCUCACCUUCUUUUAAAUAGCCUGGCUUACCCUUACUUCUCACUGGUCCUUCAUCAUCCUCUUGGAUGUCAUAGGUAUGGUACUGAGGUCUGUAGACAUUUUCUUUGGUUGAGGGAGAGGAUGGGCCCAUGAAGACCCAAAAAACCAACCUCCAGAAACUUCAGCAGGCUUACUAGAAGCUUCACAUUUCUUUCCUCCAACUACCCUUCUGUCCUAUUCAUUUAUUCCCAGGGCCAAGAUUUCAGGGUUGUGCUCAGCUUUGUCCCAUUGUUUAGGAUAAUGAGAUACUUUAAUAACUCACAGACUACUCUCUAGCGGAUGGUUUCUUAGUUGAUUUCUUCCUUUCCCAUUUUCUUUCUUUUCUAAUUAUUCUUAGAACAAAUAUUCAGGCCAGGGCAUCAUUCUGUUUCAAUAGGACUUUCUGCUAUCUCUCAGACCCCAAGUCAAUGUGAGCAGUGUCAUAUUUCCCAACUGACUCAUUCUGCUUCUUCUACAUGACCUUUCUCACCAUCAUUCCAUGUUGUGGCCCACCUUGGUCAUCAUCUAUAGUUAAAUCUACAUUACAAGUUAACAACAAUUUAAAUCACCUUCUAAGCUGAAUGGGUAAAGAAAGGCAUCCUUUGUCUUCAUAUGAAACUAUAAGGAUUUUUUGUUGUUGUUCUACCUCCAAAAACACAUAGGGCACUCCUUGGCCUUCAAGCAUGGUAUGAUGAAGGGAAGAUUAUUUCCAAACCUUUUCCUUAAAAAUUAUCCCAUUCCCCCAGUAUCUUUCACAAGAAACAAAAACAGUACAGAAGAUCCAAGUUCUUUUCAGACACUAAAUCUUGAGCAAAUGUUAAAAAAGCAAAAAAAUGGAGUCUAGAAUUAUGACAGCAACUUUUACGUAUUUUAUGACAACUUGAUGAGCAGAGUGGGAAAUUAAAGACAUCCCAAAAUCCCCAUGAAUCCCUAGUCUCUACAAGAUAUCCACAAGGAGCAGGCUGGCAUAGGCAGCCCCUUCCACCCUCCCUGGAUGGUUCCCUUGGAGCUCAGUGCUGCCUGGGGAAAUCCAGACUUAUUCAUUCAGAACUGGAAUUAUGGGUGUUUUGUGAAAUGUUGCUUUGCAUUUUGCCUUCAUUAAAAUCCAAUUAAAAGAUUUCCUUCUAGUAAAAUUAGUAACAGGUUCUGAUGGAGCAGAAGAGACAUUAUUAGCCCGUAAUCUCUUCUUCCAAAAGUGCCUCUUGUUGGUUUUCAGACUACAAGGAAGAUAAGAAAGAGGAAUGAUUAAAGUUGAUGUAAUCCUCCCAGAGUCCCAGCUUGCCAGGGAGGAAGGGUUCUCCUUCAGGGGAAGGUGAUGGACAGCCAUAGAAGCUGUUAAGGGCCAUGUUGUCAGGUCAGCCAUCCUGAAGAACAUGGUCUGGGAAUGAACCUCCUCCUCCCUCCCGAUCGGUUUAGGACACCUGUGCCUGAGGCCAGCCAACCUGCAGAGCACAGUGUUUGUUAAUUGGGGGAGGGAUGGUUGGAGGACAGGUAAGGAGGACCAGAAAAGAAAUCUGAUGGGAUUUUUUUGGAGGAUGGUGUGAGUUUCUUAGCAAACAUUGAAAGAAAGAUCUGAAAUCCAACAAUUAGGCAGACCUCCCUUGGGACAAUUUCCUCUGCACUUUGAUCCCACCUUGGAACCAACCAGGAUUCCGAGACUCCUGUCUUGGUGUAUCUCACAACGUUUUCCCCCAACUGCAGAAUUACAAUCUUGGGCCUCUCUCUAGUAAAUCAAGUGACCAGGUAGAUUUUGUCCUUAAAUAGAGGCAACGAAAUCCUAGUUAUUAUUAAAGAGAUGAAGAUGAGGAGGGACCAAAGGUGAGACCCACUUUUAAAUCAUUUUAACAUGCUCAUGACAUAGUAGCCAUCAAUUUAGGCAGGAAAAUCCUUCACUGUCAAAGAGAAGGAUUUGAAGUGAGAAUCCAUGAUUCGUUCAUUCUCUGCACCUCUCACCACAUGGGGUUAAGGCAAGGCAGAUCCAACCCAACGUAGCCAGGAGUAGACCUGAUUUGUGGGAAAAAAGCAACAUUCCUGUUUUUCUCAAAAAAGUAACACCGUUUUCUUGAGAUGACCUUGACCAUGAGAGAACAUUCUUUCACCCAAAUUAAGCAUGACUUUAGAACAGCCUGAGACUACAUAGGGUUCCCUGGGAGAUGAACUAUAGAAAACACUCUUUGGUGUCUUUCCAUUGUUUGUUUGACUGGUCUCCAUGGCCCUGCAUGAGAUGUCAAUAGCUCAUUGAUACCAAGCUCUUCAUAGGAAGAGUCCAUCACCGUGUAACGAUGUUUUUUGGUAAAACUCUAAUUGCUAAAACCAUUGCCUGGGUGCUCACACAGAAGAGGAAACAAGAAUUCAGCCGGGCCUACCAUGUCCUGGGACCCCUUAGGGGUGAUGCUUUCUUAAGGGGCCACCAAGCCAAAGCGAGUUGCCGAGAAGCCCUCUGAGGCCCUCCUGACUUGUCCUAAUGACCGCCAUGUUGAAGGCUAGGAUGCUAUUGAGCCAAGAUAAAGCAAUGGGCAGCCAGUGUCUUGUACUACGUCAAGCUCUCUCUCAAUCUGGGUACUGCCAAGCUAGGGGAAGGAAACUGUCUUUCUUCAGGAGGUGUCAUUCGCUAAGGCUUCGCUGUAAAAAUGAAGGGAGGUAUGGUUCCUUUGGGGGUUUUUUGCCUGUGCUUCCAUAAAUUAGUUUGUCCAUAUGAGUUCUUCCUGUGAUGCCAUCCCCAAGCGCUGGGAGACCAUUUCUCUUGCUUUGUAUAUAUGUGAUUGCUGUGGGCACCACUGUAUAAUAACAACAAUACUGAAGUGUAACGAGUCUAGUUUUAUCGAUGUCUUCAACUAUGAGUGUGGAACUAUAGGGUCUUAAACUGUUUGUGUACACUCAAGGCAUUGUUCAGUUAAGAAAUAAAUGUGGCAUUUAUUCAAAUACUGGA